CCAGAAUUUCAUUCCCCGUCGGACGAAUGGGACGGUCUCGCAAUUCUAUAUAUGCGUUAAUAUCGGCCAAAUCGCUACGGGGUCGUCGCGAAGCGAAGUAAUAAAGCACAUGAUUUAUCGGCGUUUUUUUGUUUUUUUGGUUCGAUACUUGGUCCGCUCCGAAUGUCCUGGAAGAAGCAGGUCCGGCGUGUAGUGGUUGAAUUCGUGGUAGGAAAAUGUUGAUUUUUUUGUUUGUUCGUUUCGACGAUGUCUUGGAAAAACGCUACAAGAUUGUCCAUCGAUCCGUCGCAACUGAUAAGACCGUAAUUAGACCCCGAGUCAUGCCCGUACGCGAAACCUCCGUACGACAAGUCAAACAAUCAAUGUGAGUUACUACAAUACUAUACAGCAUAUUAAAAACGUGGUGGUGCCGGCCGCUGUUGUUCGUCGAUUCAUGAUAGUGGAAAACGAAAACAUAAAAUCACAUGUUUUUCACGAAAGGACGCAAAUGGUACACGCGUAGAGAAACUCAUAAAAAGGAAUAAGCAAAGAGUGAUCGGAUGUUUGUGUGUACGAGCGUACCGUCGCCGUCCGUCCCGAGUCCCCACCGAGCGUACAGACAGGACUCGUAAAACUUCACCGGAGCACCCCGUCAGCAUAGAGUGAUGUACGCGUGAAAUUUAUGUUUAUGCUCGCUUCGGCUGUUGUAUUGCGUUUUUAUGAGAGCGAGUUCUCGAUUGCGCCUUAUGUAUGUGUACACGCAUUUUCCUUUUCGUACCACGAUUCGAAGAAACGAAAGGUGGGAAGGUGAACGAAGUUAUCGCCAUUGACGGUGGUGGUGGUGGUGGUGGUAGUGAUGGUGGUAAUGGUGGUGUAUGAUGUAGGUGGUAAAGUGAGAGGAUUCUCUGGUGGUGGCAUUGUCCCAACGAAACCGAGCAACAGAUGGCGCACAGAGUCGUAAAGUUAGCUAACAUCGAAGCGUGUUCCGUGGUUACCGGCUUGGUAGAGCGUAAUUCUGGUUGUUGUUGCCCACUUUUACGUGUUUGUUAGUUCGAUGGUGUUGCUGAAUGGCGUCGUUGUGUUUUAGUUUGUGAUAUUAGAGAAAAUUGAAGCGACGCGAAAGCGCGAAUGUGAAUCAGGUAGUAUUGUAAUUUUUGAUUUCGGAAACGAGUUUGAGACCAGCAGCACUGUUCGGUGCCAUUGGCGGAGAAUCAACCAUGCGAUCCAAACAGCAACCGAGGCCGUCGUACCGAUGGAUUAAAAAUGAAAAUGACGAAGGCGAUGAUGGUUUCGAGCAACCGGAAACGAAAGAUAUAUUAUCGUCUGGGUCAGCUAGUCCAUCAUCAACACAUUCCCUGGAGGGUGCUUCACCGUUGCAUCCAGUGCCCACAGCUACCGGGUCUGCCGCACUAUUGCGAAAUCAAACCCCGCAAUCAUUACCAUCAUCAUCAGCAACAGCAGCAGCAGCAGCAGCAGCAGCCGAAACAGCACCAACGUUGUCGUUAGUAAGACAUAAAUCGUUCCUAGCACCAGCACCAGCAGUAGCAGGGCCGGAAACGUCUGCGACCACCAGUCGGUCUUUUCGCAAAACUGACCCGACACAAAUACCCAGUGCAUUGAUGGAUCCCCAAGACGAUGUGGAGCAUCGAAUUCCUGCCACUCUCAUUCACGACCCAAGUUUGGAAAGUGAAAUGGCCAGCCCUAGAUGCCAAUCGAGGGAGUCAUCCGGCGGUGGACGUUGCCCCUCGGACGAAUCGAUACGGUCCGAGGGGGACCGGGACGGUCACAACUCGGGCCCAAACAUGAGUCCGGUUUCGAUCACGCUGCCGCCCACCUUGCCACCAGCAGCCGCCGCCGCCCUCCUGCCUCAGCAUUCAGCCGCAAUGGCCGCCUAUCUGAAUGUGGCCGCCGUUGCGGCCCAACAGAACCGACUGCUGCUCGGUUCACCGCUGGCCGGACUGGCAGCCGCCCGCAAUGGGUCUCCACCUAUUCUACCUCCUCUGGCGUCCCCCACGGACGAAAGCGACGAUGCUGCGCUGGAUUUUAGCAAAACGCGCACCGACAGCGGAACGGCCGACGACGACGGCGCCAGUGAUUGCGAGGACGGGAAUGCCGUCAAUUUGAGCGCCAAGUCCGGUGACAACAGCCCGCUGGAUCUAUCAGUCAGCAAUCGAAAGCGAACGGGCGAUGACUCCCAUUCGCCACCACCGCGGAAGGCACCUCGAACGAUGGACUACAAACCGGCAAUCGUCAGUCCGUGGAGUUCUCCCGUGACACCUCAACUUCCGUACUUCGCCGCCGCCGUGGCAGCUGCUAGUCUUUCGCCGAAAAACAAUCAUACGGAUUGGAAUGGCAAACACAAAGGUGUUAACAAUGAAGCUGCAAAAGCACUGGAAAAGAUGACUGAACUGAGUCGCCUCGGGGGAGAAGAAAUCUAUCGACCUCAGAACAAUAACGCCGCUGGAGGUGCUGCCACCGCAGGCGGUGGUCGUCACAGCGCAUGGCAAUCACAUUGGCUCAACAAAGGAGCCGACUCGGCCAAGGAUGUCCUGAAGUGUGUCUGGUGUAAGCAAAGCUUCCCAUCGCUGGCCGCCAUGACCACCCACAUGAAGGAGACUAAACACUGCGGAGUUAAUGUUCCUCCCGGCACUGGGAUGCCUCAACAGCAGAUCCAGUCGCAACCACCGAAUUCGUCCAACCAAAACACCGCUAGUAAUGCUUCCAACAAACCGUCUCCCAGUGAGCUGAAUCUGUUGAUCAAGGAAACUAUGCCACUUCCCCGAAAACUCGUGCGCGGUCAGGACGUUUGGCUAGGAAAGGGAGCUGAGCAAACCCGCCAGAUCCUGAAGUGUAUGUGGUGCGGUCAGAGCUUCCGGACACUAGCAGAAAUGACAUCUCAUAUGCAGCAAACCCAACAUUACACCAACAUUAUCUCACAGGAACAAAUCAUAUCGUGGAAAUCAUCCGAUGGUGAUAAACCCGGUGGUCCACCGGGCCCAAGUGGCAAUGCUUCGAAUGUAUCAGGUGCUCCGAACAAUCCUGCUGCACAAACCAAUAGCCACGUCAGUGCAGUUCUCACGUGUAAAGUGUGUGACCAAGCUUUCUCUUCGCUGAAGGAACUCAGCAAUCACAUGGUCAAGAAUGCCCAUUACAAGGAGCACAUUAUGCGAUCAAUCACCGAAAGUGGAGGAAGACGUCGACAGACUCGCGAAAAGCGGAAGAAAUCACUUCCGGUUAGGAAACUUUUGGAAAUGGAACGUGCUCAGCACGAUUUCAAAAACGGUGAAAAUCCCGGUAGCAAUGCAUCCAAUAAACCAAUCCGUGAUCUCGGUGCAGGCAAAAUUACCUGUGAAAAGUGUAACGAAAAGAUCGAAACCACGAUGUUCGUGGAUCAUAUCAGACAAUGCAUCGGUGGAACGGCGAUACUGCAAGCGCAACAGCAGCGUGAAAAACUUAAAAAUGCCCUCCUGUCCAACACGAUUAUUCCACCGGAUUCGAUCAGUCCGGUGACAUCGUUAAGCCGAGAUGGCCGGAAGUCCGUCGGAGGAGAAGAUUUGUCAUCUCCGCUAUCACUGCAAAAGUCACCGAUGCCGGCGGAUCUGUCCUCUCCGUUAUCUGCCAAGAAAGAUGGCGAGAAAAGCUCAUCCCCUUCGGUUCUGAAUGCAAUCGAGCAGCUCAUAGAGAAAAGCUUUGACACACGCACGCGCCAUCCAAGCACGAAUUUUGGCAACCCAAGCCAGAGCACAACUCCUCUCGGAUCGAGCAUUCUGAAGCGACUGGGAAUCGAUGAGAGUGUAGACUACACCAAACCACUGGUAGAUCCUCAGACAAUGAACUUGCUACGGAGCUACCAUCAGCAGCAUUACGUGUCACAGUUCGGUCGUAGGGAGAGGAGCGGUAGCGAGUCUAGUUCCAUCUCGGAACGUGGCUCGAGCCGUGUCGACUCACUGACGCCAGAGAAAAAGUACGACACUCCGGGUCACUCGACACCGCGGGGAACUCCAGAGAAGCAGUUCAUGGACGACCACAACAUCAGUGAUGAACAGUCCGUGAACAUCAAGCGAGAGAUGCACAGCGACGAUGAGGACGAAGGCGAUAAGCAUGAACCACCGAAAAUUAAAAUCAAAAAAGAACUUGAUGACGACGACGAGGACGGUCCGAUGCGUCCACCGAGCAAGUCGAACGAAGAAUUGGCUGACGCAGAGAAGGAGCUUAGACGACGGAGUAGUGUGGCGUCCAGUCCUGCUCCAAGCCCACGGAUGUCCACGGCAAGUGUUCCUUUGAGUCCAGCAGCUAGUCCAAUCAGUGAUCAUCAUUCCAUUGCAUCACGUUCUACGCCAGGAGUUGCCGAUGGAGGUAGCAAGAAAGGUGGCAGUGUUAGCAGCAGUCUUGGUGCUCUGUCAUCGAUGUUUGAUAGCCUGACAGGAGCUGGUAGUGCGGGUAAUGCGGAAUCAGGUGGAUCAGGCAAGAAAACCAAUGCUCAUCCGUUAGCGGCAUUGCAGAAACUGUGCGAUAAAACCGAAACAUCUCCCAGUGGCAGAGGUAACACCACCAACACACUGCUCUCGGCGACUACCAACAAUCAGGCGAGCAGAACAGCACCGGGAGCGAUUCUAGCGUUCAGCUGGGCAUGCAACGAUGCUGUGAUGUCGGACGAAUCGGUGAUCAAGUGUGCCUAUUGUGACACAACAUUCACCUCCAAGGGUGCCUAUCGACACCAUCUGUCAAAGGCUCACUUCGUCAACGAUGAGAUUAUACCCGAUCCCAAGGGUCAACCGAUGAAACCAGGGUCGCCCCAUUCGCCAAAAUCAACCGGAAGUGGGGGUGCAGUCGGAGCUAGUAACCGCGACAGUGCAAAUCGCAUGGAUGGUGGCAGCACUCCCGUUCAUUCGAUGGGUGGUGGCUGCAGCAACAGUGGCGGCGGAAAUGGGCAACCCAAAAGCCCACCCCCGGCGCAAUCUCCGGCGGCAUUCGACGAAAGUCCGCACUCCAAGUUUCUCAAGUACACCGAACUGGCUAAGCAGUUGUCGUCCAAGUACGUCUGACAUUCCUAAGUAAAUUUUUUUUUUCAUCUGACGCGCUCGAACUUGGUAGGUUUAUUUUCUUCUCUGUUGUUCAAUAUGUAAAUAAUGCGCUGAAUUGUCGGAAUGAUGAUGGACAGACCGAUACAGAGCGAGGGCGAGUUUGUGCGGAACCGUACGGGAGAGUAAGCAAAACAAGGAAGAAACGAUGGAAAAGAGCGAGAGAUAGAGAGAGAGAAACAUAAACCGUGGCAGUAAAUAACGUAUUUAUGUGUGUAUCCAUUUCUGGUGCGAGCUGCGUUCAAUAACCACUUGAAAGAGCGUAGACGGCAAAGCGAAGACCGAGAAAACAGAAGUUAGGAAGGGUAUGACGAUCAACAAACAACACAGAAGCGGCAAAGCCGACGGGAGCAGGUUUUUUUUCCAUUCAAUAUGUACCACUUUACGUUCCCAGUGGAUGUGGCGGUACCUUUAGAUGUGUUGGUGAAUCUCUUCUUUCCGCUUCUUUUAAAUCACUCGCUUUUAUGUCUUUUAUAUACACAUCAAACGAACCGAAGUGUGAGGGAAACAAACACAUCACUACGCCGCACUUCACAUCAGCAAAACCAGCACACACACAUCCGCGCGCGCGAAUGUGAAGUAGAGCAAAGCAAUCGUGUGGGCAGCAUAGUGUGAGUUAAGUGGAAGUGCAGUUUUUUUUUUUUCAUGUUGUUGCUCUUUUGAGAAGGAGGACAGAGAAGAAAUCAAUCAAGAAAAUAAACCCAGCGUCAGCGGAAUAUAAAGAGCAGGCUGUGCCAUUGAGUUGAUGUGUGGUGCACUGGAUGGAAAGGGUAACGCGUACAGGCAGACAGAGAGCCAUCGAAAGGCUGUUCCGCUGCUACGAAGUAUAAAACAAAAUGGAGUUUGACGGGGCUUUGAAAGAUGGAACGAAAGCAGGUUUUAUGAGCUACUUCGCGGUCUGUGCACGGUAUUUUCCCUUCGCGAACUUACUCCUUUCCAGAUGCGAUAAUUGAUUAUCGUUCCUGGUGGGUGGUUGAACUGCUUUUGCUCGAAUUUUGUUGCCCUUGCCCGGCAAAGCAGAAUAAUUGCCGAUUCCUAAUGAAGAGUGGAAUGACAUAGAAAUGUUUUAUAACUACGACAUCUAAAAUCGGCUCGUUUUUCUUUCCUUGUUUCGCUUACGAAUUCACCGAUGAAAAAAAGUUCGAUCACACAAACUCGCUCCACUUCGCAUGAAUUGCUUAACCAGCAACGUGUGAUCCACAUAUCUCGAUAAAGGAAGUAUUAGGUUCCCAGAUAAUGCAACUAUCUGGGCAGUGUAAAUUGUUGUAAAAUAUCCCUGACUCUAACGAAGCCAUGUUGCCAGUGACAUGUGAGCAGUGUUUAGUUUCCACCUUUUGUCGGUUACGAAAAGAACAAAAAUUCUCUUUUGGCACAUCACUGAUGAGAAAAUGAAACAAAAAUGUGAAAAACUGUAAAUUCGGUAUACAAAAAACAAGCAUAAAAUGUAACUUUUUCGAUAAAAUUAACCUAUAAAACUAUAUAUUGCAUAUGUUGUACAGGCAUCAUUCUGAAUGAGUUCAUUCAACAAGUCAAAAUUGUGUUAAGUAAAAUGUGGAAAAAAAAUCAAAUAACGAAAAAAAAGUAAUCUGCUAUACGAGUCACUCACAUCAUACGAGAACAAAUAAACAAAUACUUUAUAUUUCCCUCUUAAGUAGUCAAAGCGAUUGGAAAAUGACGCAACUAAAGAAUCAUAAGUCAAACGAGCAAUGACGAAACGUAAAAAUUAUCCAAUUUGAAACUGAAAUUUGGUAUACGUAAUUUACACUCAAGCAAAGUCGCAUAAGUAUUAAAACAUUUUUGGAUCAAUGACGAAAGAACAUUAUUACAAAAAAAAACACGAAAAUAUACGAAAUUGUAACUUUUGGUAUACGGUGCAAAACAACAAACAAAUGAACAAAAGACAUCCGGUAUUUCGUUCAGAGCCACGAAAAUAGUACCCACAGAGAACAUACACAGAUUUGCGUGCCAAAACUCAGUAUACUAAUAUAGCAAUGAGAGCAAUUUCUCUUGCAUAAUAUAUGCUACACAACAACAAAAAUCAAAAAUAUCGCUAUAAAGAUUAUUUCCGAGAAAAAAAUAUCUACUUUCAAAGGUUACACAGUCUGCUGAACCGAGUGAUCAGGCAGUACCACUCCCAGUGCUCCCAGAUUUGCAUUUAUUUAAAGUUUAUUUCUCUGUUUAUUGUUUUUAUUUUUCCAUUAUUUCACUAACUGUAAGCGUAAAACCAAUGUGAUUUCUGUACAUAGUCAACCAUGUUUGAACCGAACGUAAAUGCGAGAGCCGGUCUUUAUUUCUGUUUCGAUCUGUUAAUCAGAAAUUUUAUUGUCAUCUGUAGCCUGCAAAACAAUUCUGUAUAUAUUCGCUACCGUCAAAACUAAGCACGAUUAGCAUGCGAGAAUUAAGAGUUGAACAAUUUCCAGCUACCUAAAUAGUAGUGAAAAUAAAACAUACGAACUAAGAGGUAUACCUUUCAUUAAAAAUUGAACACAACCUAGAAAUUCAUAAGUUUUAGUAACUAAAUUAAUGAACGUAGGAUACAACAAUAAUAUUAUGUAACAAAGUGAAAACGCAAAAUCGUAUUUAUUGAAAAUAAAAAAAAACUUCUACUUGCAAAAAAUAAUAAUUAAAAUAAUGAGCUACAAAGUAUUAUAAACCUAAACAACAUUUGAGACUAUGAACAGUCAAACUAUACGAGAGUAAGUUAAAAGUGAAAGUCGUAUACGUGAAUUGAAACAGUUGAGAGAAGUUUGAAUUACAUUACAAUGGUAUACUCCAAAAACCGAAUCAUUGAUACGAAAACGAGGGGGUGAUUGAAACUACAAGUACUAAAAAAAAGUAUACGUAAACACGCAAUUCAAAAACAUGAAAUGUCAAAUUGGAGCAAACAGAUCUGAGCAUUGCUAUAAAACAGAACUAGCAAUAAAUGAAAACGUGGUCGAAAUUUUCUCUUCUCGCUCUCAGUAAAGUGAAAAAAACACACACACACACAUUCGAAACACCUUAUCUAAGUCGAACAGAAAAUAGAAGUUACAGCAUUCUACAGACAAACACAAAAUCAAUAAGUCUAUGAGUAAAUAUUAAAAAAAAUGUGAGAAGUAAAUAAACCAUUGUAUUUAUAGAAAUAUCGACUAGUAGGCAGAAAACAACAACAUAUUGUUUGAAAAAACGCAACAUCAGACGACACACACACACACUUUUGUUUGACCAACUUCUCAAGUAGAGCUGACCCAGUAGAAUUUGCUGCGAUUGGUUUCCCGAAGUUCGAUUUACAAACGACCCUAUCGGUGACUUCAGCCAGAGCGGGACAUUGAACGAUAGAAUUCGGGACACUAAUUAGUUGAAAAUAUAUUUCGUUUCUGAAUUACGGUGCGUUUUUCUUACGCAAAUCUGCACUUGCGACAAAUUUCAUACCGACCGCGGCAGGCAUACAUUCUGGAAUGCGCGGCACAGAAGCGGCGAAAAAAUGAAAGUAAAAAAAAAUCUAUAAAUAUAGAUAUAAAUAUAUAUUAUACGAGAUAUAAAAAUCAAUUAUUAUUUAAAUGCAAUUUUUAAAAAUUUUAAAA